UGCUACUCUUCUAUUGGAUGGCCCAAUAUUGGAUUUCAGUUGGAGAAAUACAGAGCAAGAAGAUUAAAAGUGAAAGCAUUGGAGAAUUCUGGUGAGAACCAGAUACCAAUAGCUCCUCUUCAAUUUGAAUCUCCAAUAGGUCAGCUUCUGUCACAAAUUAUGCAAACACAUCCACAUCUACUUCCAGCAGCCAUUGAUCAGCAGCUUGAGAGACUUCAAUCGGACAGAGAUGCUGAAAAGGAGGAAACUCCACCUGCUACUCAAGAUCUUCUCCUUUACAGGAGAAUUGCAGAAGUGAAAGCUAAGGAGAGGCAGAAGGCAUUGGAGGAGAUUAUCUACUGUUUGAUUGUGCAGAAAUUCAUGGACAAUGAUAUUUCAAUGAUCCCUGCAAUAUCACCAUCGUCGGAUCCUAACAGUGAGGUGCACUAUUGGCCCAACCAAGAACACAAGCUAGAAGCAAUUCAUUCCCCCGAUGCUUUGGAGAUGAUCCAAAGCCAUCUCACUCUUAUUCUUGGAGAGAGGGCAGUUGGUCCUCUGAAUGCUAUUGUCCAAAUUAGCAAGCUCAAGCUGGGUAAGCUUUAUGCUGCUUCCAUCAUGUACGGCUACUUCCUCAAAAGAGUGGAUCAGAGGUUCCAACUUGAGAGAACUAUGAAAACCCUUCCCACAGACACUAGGCAACAAAGAGUAUUUGAUGAUUUGAAACCUAACCCGCUCUGGGACCUGGAAUCCAUGGUGCAAAUUUCAUCAGAUGAUGAUGGUUCUGAUGGUGAAGAUUCCAAAUCUUAUAGACUAAGAUCGUAUGUUAUGUACUUGGAUGCAGAGGCACUGCAAAGGUAUGCAACUAUAAGAUCCAAGGAAUCUAUUUCAUUGAUUGAAAAACAGACACAGGCUUUAUUUGGAAGGCCAGACAUAAGGAUUGCCGAAGAUGGAUCACUUGAUACUUCGAAUGAUGAAUUGGUGGGCAUAACAUUCUCUGGCCUGACAAUGUUGGUUUUGGAGGCAGUCGCUUUUGGAUCAUUUCUAUGGGAGGCUGAGAGCUAUGUUGAAUCCAAGUAUCACUUUGUUACAAACUGAAUGGACAUUAUUGAUGUUCUUAAUUCUCAUCGGUAUAUAUUUGAUCACAUUCUGGACAAGCUAUCUUCAGCCAAGUCCUGGAAAUCAAUGUAGCCUAAAAAAGCAAGUCUUAAUGGGAUGGAGAGAAUGCCAUUAUUUAUGGUGGCAUCCGGAUACCAACUCAAUGCAAUCUUCUGUCUUCUCUUCAUCUCUCAAACUGUCCAAUGCAAGUCCUCUGAAUUGAGAUCUUUUCACAAGCCAGCAUUUGCAGUGAGCAUGCUAGUAAAGACAGCUGUUGGUCAUGCUAUAAAAUUUUGAUUUUGUUAAACUAAAGGAGUUUAGGUCAGCAAAGAGGGAAGAAUAUGAUGGAGCAAAUCAUGAUGGGCAUCUUGACAAUUUUGAAUACUGCAGUGUACAGAAGAUUAUGUAAUAAUGGAAUUUUAUACUUUAAUGAUCUUAUGCAUACUCUUGUAACUAUUUUGUUUGUCUGUACAUCAUAUUAAGGUUAAACUUGGUUACCGUGUGCUUGCUGUGUUUCUUAGUAUGGUCAACAGAUUGAAGUGGGUGUAGUUUAUAAAACAGUCGAAGAAAUAUGUUACCAGAUGCUAUUUCUUGUGAA